UUCGACUUAGCCAUCCAUCACUUUUUAUUUCAGUGCAUUUUUUUUUUCACUCCCCCGCUGGUUAUCGGGCAAAAAUGAAUCAUUUCAUUCGACUUUUAUUUGUCUUAACUCCCUUGUUCUUCUUCGUCUAUUAUACUCACGCUUGCCUAUGUACUAAAAAUUUAGGCGUAGGAAAAUACUGUGGUGGCGAAUUGUCUUUUACCGGCGGUGGUAGUGAUUGUGGUUCGGAAACCUUAUGGAAUUGUACUGGUAGAGGCAAAGUAGCCGAGGCAUUGUCUCCUUGCGUGUUUGGCUGUUGUGGGAUUACUGGUAAACCUAGUGCCUGUUGUAGUGAAACUGGAUGUCCUGGAUGUUCUGAGCCAUACCCACCAUACUCUCCUCAAAUUCCUACAUCAACCAUAUCAAACACUUCAAAUAUACCUAUCCCUUCAAUAUCAUCAACAAUACCUAAAACCUCAUCACCACCAGCCAAAACGUUACCACCUUCUGAAACACUGAAAAUUGUAAUUGGUGCUGUUAGUGGCAUUGCGGGUACCGCACUUAUUAUAGUGAUUGGAAUUUUUGGUUAUAAAUGGAAUCAAAGAAGAAGACAAAACCAGGAUGACAUUAUGAGAAUUCCCGGUAAUAAUAUACAAAGCCAAAAUGAAAUCUUGAGAAUCCCUGGCAAUAACACUAAAACCAGGAUAGUAUAAUAAGAAUUUCUGAAAAAAUUUCUAUGAUUGGAAACUUUAUAAUUUAUUAAAUACUGUAAAUAAAAUUUCGGAUAAUAUCAUUAGCGGAAUUCGUAUUAGGGUUAAAUGCAAACGGAAGCGUUAAAUUUAUUAGAAUGCUUCCAUUGUAUAUUAUGUCUUAGCAUUGCCUUAGUGCGUCUUUUCUUUGGUCGAGCGAGAGAUUUUGAGAAAAUCCUUAUGUGCGUUAUGUGCGUUAAGUUUCGCGUGUGUGGGGCCAGUUAUUGUAUAUACGACAGUACACGUAAUUCACAAGAUUCACAUAAUUCGUUUAUUCUGUUUUUAAUGCUAUUAAAACAAAAAGUUUCUAGGUUUUUUAAUUAAUUAAUAUUUUAAAUCUAAUACUUGUAAUACUUGUAUAAUAAAGAUCUAAUUACAUGGUUUUAUGGGCA